AUGAGUGAUCGACAACCUCUGCUAAAUACAUGCAGUAAAUCAUCUAUUGGAGAUAACGAUUAUGAUGAUAAUAAUAGAUUGUGUCAUAAUAGUGAUGUAAAUUUGUCAUUAAGCUUAGCUACAUCAAUGCCUUCAUUUCGAGAAAAAGUUAUGAACACAGUUCACUGGUUAUUCAGACGACAUCAUCCUGACGAUCCAUUUUGGUGGGGACCUGAAUUUAAUUAUGAAUUUGAAGAUAAAAACUUAAAUAUAAAACCUGCUGUUAAAUUUAUAACUGAUGUUGUAAAAUAUUGGAUUAGAGAAUUUCAUUUAGAUGGUAUUCGAUUUGAUGCAGCUAAACAAAUGGAUAAUUAUGAUAUUCUUCGUCAUUUGGAUUCAAUUGGUCGUUCAAUGCGACCAUGUCAACCAUUUUUUUCUCAAGCUGAAUAUGUACCUGAAAAAGAAGAUCUGUGUAAAGAAUAUGGUGGUCCAGUUGAUGCUUGUUGGUCAUCAUCAUUUCAUGAAACUUUAAGAUGUUUUCUUGCUUUUAAAAAAGAUGAAGCCGAUAAAUAUGAAAAUAUGGCCAAUCUUAAAUAUAUAUUUUCAUCAAAAACUUUUGUUAAUUAUUUAUCUUCUCAUGAUAAUGAAAGAUUACUUCAUGAUAUUGGUAGAAAAGAUUCAGAUGCUUUUAUUAAAAUGAAAACAGCUAUUAUUCUUUUAUUCACAUCAGUUGGAAUUCCAAUGAUUCGACAAGGUGAGGAACUUGGUGAAGAUGGAGAAUUAGGAAAUAAACAUGUAGAAAAAUCAUGUUUUCCAAUGCCAUGGAAUUUACUUGAAAAAAAAUUUAAUGUUCAUCUUUUAAAUACAUUUAAAGAUUUAAUAAAACUUCGUCACAUAAAUAAAUCUCUUCAAGAAGAUCCAAUAAAUUUUUUUCAUGAAGAUGAUCAAAAUAAAAUAUUAGCUUAUUCUCGUGGAAUGAAUUUAGUUGUUAUUACUCAUUUAUAUAAAAUAGCUAAAACAAAAUAUAUUAUAGGAAAUUUUCCUCAAAAUGGAAUAUGGAUAGAUUAUAUAACAAAUGAAAAAGUUUAUGUUGAUGAUGUUAAUAAUUUAACAUUAGAUUUAUUACAAUUUGAAUCUCGAUUGUUUAUUAAACAGAUUUGA